CGGACCUCUUGAGCAACAGCACGUCCGAUGCGAGAGACGCGUCGCACAAUAUUGCAGCAGGUGCCAGCACGCCUGCUUCGGUCGCCACCGACGCGCUUUUGCAUCGCCAAUCACACACGGCGAAGCAGAGUCUUUCGCGAGACAGCAAAAUCUGUGUUGACAUCCGCUUUGCCCUAGCCCAGCUCUACCUCUUCCAGGAGCGACUAGAGCUCGCGCGCCAAGAAGUAGAGAUUGGACUGUGUGAGAAUCCUCUGCACUGUGGGCUCUUGUCCACGAAGGCGCUGUUGUACGUGCUUCAGGAGCAGGAGGAGGACGUGUUAGAGAGCUGCCUCGUCAGCGUAGACUUAGUCCAAAAACUCUGCCAGGACCGCGCGAACCAAGCAUGGUAUCCGCUUCUCUACUAUCGAUUGGGCUACCUCUACAUGCGCGCGGGAAACCUAGACGCAUCGCUGCGCGCGCUAGCGAAAUGCACGCGCUGUCCUCUACACACCUUGCCGCACAUCACGAAGAGCAUUUAUGGUUGUGCGCACAUACUUGUCUCGCUGGUGUUCAAAGCGCAACGGGAUCUCACUUCAGCGAGGAAUCAUCUGUCGGAUGCCCGAAGGUAUUUUUGUGCCUGUAAGCGGACGCUCACAUAGUCGUGUGUCGCAUAAAGAUUGGCCUUGUCAAAGUGUUUCACGACUUAAGCGAUGAGCUGUUAUGCAUAAUAAUUUGUCGGAUUUUUUCAUUGCUGUGCGCAUUUUUUUGACGUGCUAUUUCGCUUUGCAGGUAUCACAAAAUUUUCGAUGGAUACAUUGCAGCAGGCAAGAAGGAUGGCUCUGAGCUGAAGACUUUCCUGCACGAAAUGAGUCUAACGCCAGACCACGUAGCCGGUUUGCAGUCGUUGAUCGAAACGAUGCCGGUCCCUGACAAUGUUGGUACUUGCAGUUGUCACUCAAAUAGCUGUAACAGAGAUAUUGUUUCUUGGUAGAAGAACCACUUUCAGGAAGUUAGUUUUCGGAAAUUUAUUUUUCUAGACUCGUUUCCACUGAUUAUCAUGGUUGGCUUUUUUGAGACUCAGAGUUUUGGUUGGCUGGUACUACAAGAAUACUGGACAUUGUAUUUACAAUAAUCAGCAGGUUCAGUUCCUAGCUCACGAAGUGCGACGCCCUCUCGUCGUGCGCUGGAGGCGCCACCUCCGACGUAUCCUGCGCCAGUGCUGGUAGCUAAAAACGUAGAGGCUGUUCCGGUGGUGAAAGCAGGGGCUUCAGAUGUGGGCGGCCCAGCAACAAGUGAGUUGGCAUUUUUCAAUUCUGCCUCUCGUGCGGCAGUGUUGCGCGAGGAAUCACUCACACCGCAUGGUCUCACGCCUCGCGCGGUGUUUCAGAGUCAGGGACUGACGCCUCCGCAGCUCGAGAUUCCCGUCGUGGCAUCAGGCCGGAACACGCCAGGUCAAGCAGUCGCGCGUUCGCGUGAACCGAUUUUACCCACAGUUUCACUCUUUAGCCGGUCUCGGAGCCAGUCAAGGGGUGUUUCCCCGGCGCGUGGUCGCAUUCUGACGAACCCAGGCCCGAGUAACGCCAACAGCCGCGGCUCUUCGCUGUCCCGGAUUCGCGCAGCCGCUCCCGCUGUUGUCGGUGACGUAGGUCAAGCGCAAGUGGCGAUAGUCUCUGCCGUACCCGUUGGCCCCAAAUCGAACCCAAUGACUACGAACCUAUUGGGCGGUGUGGGAUCGGGCCUUAGUGCCCCAUCCAUUUCGGGGUUGGCGCCACUAGCACUACCGGCGACCCAAAAAAAUUCUACGCCGUAUCACCUGCCGGGAAGCAGCAGUACUAGCCGUAGCGGAAGCAAACACCAGGCCGCAGCAGCAGGGGGCAGCGGUACAGGCAUCGAGGAUGCCAGCUUGGCGUCGGGCUCUGCUUCCUUUGGACGAGCAGUUGUUGCUGCCAUCAGCCGUGAACCGGAGCUCGUCUCCGGCAGUCCUGCGUCGUCUGUUUCCCAGCGCCAGUCGCCCACGCAGAGCUUUCCACCUGAUAGGAAGCCGAUGGAAGGCAGUCUUCGACGGGAGGACAUUGAGCAGCAAGCGGGCUUGGGAGGGCCGUCCGGGUCAUACACGCUUGUGCCGAUGGCUGGAGCCGAUACCUCGGUCGCAGAAGAGUUUUCUACGCGUGAACCCUGCCGGCAAGGGUCACGGCGCGUGUGGUCUUCGCAGCCCGUUCGAAACGCAAGCCCUUCUGCACCCGGCACUGCGCCUGCACUCAACGCCAAUGCGGCCGGUCGCGGCGGUUUAGCUGAUGAGAGAAGCGAGUCCACUGCCGUUUCGCGUAAACAGCAGUCCGCGGAGCAUGGCGCGGCGGCGAAUAAUCAACGGCGUCCAGAGGUGCAGCUUGGAUUCCGAUUUGUCAUCCAGCAUGACGAGUUGGAGUAUGGGUCAAGGUUGGGCUCAGGAGGUUUCGGCACCGUUUACCACGGUGUGUACAGGGGCCAAGAGGUUGCUAUAAAGAAAAUCAAUAUCGACGAAUUCGGAAACAUGAGCGAAACGCAAAUUCAAGAGAUGGAGAAGGAGAUUGCGGCACUUUCGCAACUUAAGCACCCGAGACUUGUGAAGUUCAUUGGUGCCUGCUUAGAAUACCCGCACCUCUCGAUCAUCACAGAGUUCAUGCCGGGAGGCAGUCUACACGCGCUGCUGCACAUCAAUAAGGUAACAGUCUCAUUUGUCCUUUUUAGUUUUUAUGGUCGACACGUAUACUACAAUUUGCUUCUCAAGAAGAUGAUGAAAAUGUUUGUUGCCAAAAUGAGUAGGUGUGAUUCCGUUGCAAAUGAAGGCGGUGUACUUCUUUUGCCCAAACAAGAAGAACUGAGACUCGUAUCUUUUGCGCAACAGCAGGUCCGCCUUCCAUACGACACGCAAAUGAAGAUCGCAAUGCAAUUCGUGGAGGGUGUUCGGUUUCUGCAUACGCGACAGCCUAGUCCAAUCGUGCAUCGCGAUUUGAAGUCCCUGAAUUUGGUUCUCGAUCGCAUGUUGAACUGCAAGAUUUGUGAUUUUGGCCUGACCCGAACAAUGGACAAGACGCAUUUGAGCGUGAAAGAUGGCGGCAAUGGUGGCAGCCCGCGCUACAUGGCACCCGAGUGCUACGAGUCGGCGGGUAAAUUGACCGAGAAAGUGGAUGUUUGGGCCGCGGGAUGCAUCUUAAACGAGAUCUUCGGCGGCUCCUUGCCCUUCGACGAGUGCAACGCGAUCCAGCAGAUCGUGAAGAAGCUACUCGUAGACCGGCAAGGCCCUGUGAUCCCAUCGCACAUCUCCGCACCGAUUCAGGCUCUGAUCCGCGACUGCCUUCAGUUCGAGCCGCCACAACGUCUUCCCGCAGAAGCGAUCUACAAGCGAUUGGAACAAAUCGCAAGAGGAUGACUUCCACAUUCUCGUGAGAUGUGGCACGAUCGAAAUCACGAAGUGUUACGGGGCUGGUAGCACUACUUCUUACUGGAGACUUCAGGAGAGCAGGAAGGACGUCAGCAGAAGUGCUGCUCGAAAGCAUGUUGUGAAGCGAUGGAUGCGCUCUUCUUUUAAGACCACGAACCUAGAUACAUACUAGUCAUAAAAGGAUCACAUGACGAAUGAAGGAAAUGGUGGCAAUGUUGUAGAAUCCGAUUGAUGGAAUUAUGGCACGACUAGAUUUACUACGUAUUAUUUGAACGUCGUUUUUUCUGAACACUUUUUCUGUUUUUCGCACCUGUAUCAGAAUUCCGAAAGAGUUCAAAAGACUAGGCAAGAAGACAUUAUAAUGAAUCGCUUGUCCAGGAAAUGUUGAUAUUGAAAUUGUCAAAACCACUAUGGAACUACUUACACAUGCGGCUCUCAGAAAUUGUAGAUUGUUUUCUUUGUUAUCGGGACUUGCUUCUAGCAAGAACUAAGAGCAGGCCAAAGCGCCAACUGUCAAAGGACAGGGGAUGAAUAGUAUCACCACUCUACACGACGAUCACUCUUUACGUACCUAAAUACUCGAGGUUUUUUAAUCUGCACCUGUUUCCACCCGCCUCCACUUUUACCUCGUAGAAAUGAUUAGCUUUCUUGUAAACUGUAGCCGGGAAAAUAUCCGAAUUGUCAGCGAUGAUGAGCGAAUGUCGACAUCUCGGUCUCAAUUGAAAUAUGAACUUUUUUUCUUGCUCAAUCUCAAUCCGUACUGUUUAAGAUUUUAUAAUUCAAUUUUUUCUGAUAAAAUUCCGAGUUUUCUCAGCUCAUCGAGUUAGAGAAUGAAAAAUGCAUAUGUACGUAAAACCAAUUAGAUCGGAUAUCGUCCCCGUUGCUAAGACGUCGACCACAUCUGCAUGCCUCAACCUGAUUUAUGAUGCCGUCUUUUCUCUUGUACCUUUGAUGCCAUAUAAAACGUCGCAGUAAUCAUAUUUAAAUGAACAUCAACUUGAGCAUCGUACAAACACGAUUCCGCAUUCGAGCAGAGAGUAAAUGUUUACGCAACAUAUAUGAUGAAACCGACGCAUUAUUUUCGUGAAGAUAAAAUUGAUUUCACCAAACCUGGACCACAGCAUCAAAGAGGCGUGGAAACCUGAAUGCUAGCUCCAAAAAUGUCAAAUCAUGAG